UUCAACGGAUUCCAGUCGUAUGCUCCGUUGAGUGCAGCAUCUGGCCCGGGUGCCGGAGGUGCGGGUGCGGCGAAUGCCGCAGCCAACGGUGCCCUUGCUCGAGGUUUCAACGUUGCGGCAGCCCAGGCUGUUGCGGCGCAACAGGCAGCACUCGAAGCGGCCGCUUUGUAUGCAAGUGUCGGCGGUGGUGAGCCAUUCCCGGCUAUGUACCCACCGUUACAUCAUCAAACCGCACAAUUGCCUCAUGCCUUCCAUAAAGUUUGA